CGGAAGACGGGCCCGCUGAGCUCUUGGCCUGUAGGCUCGGGCCCGGUGGGCUCAGCCUUCACUAGUUCCUGAGGUAAUCCUGACCAAAGCAAAGCAGAUGAGAAGCCGUUUCUGAGUCAACGUGAUGACCAUCUACCCAGAAGCUUGGGAAUUUAAAAAGAUCAAGGAGAAUUGGUUCAAACCCAUGUAAGUGCUAUGGCUCACCUUUCUGAUGAAACUGUCAGGUCCUUUACUGAUGAGGUACCGAGUUCUGGUUCACUCAGCUCCUCUGGAGAACAGCAGUCCUGGCCCACCUCCUCUGGGACAGAAUCGGAUAGUGGAAAACUAGCUGCAAGCUUGGAAGUACUUACCAAGCAAUCCGAGCUUUCUGAUUUAAAAAAUAACGAAAAGAAGUUGACUGAAAAAUGGAUCAGCUACCUCAAGGACAAAGAAGCUAACUAUGAACGAAACCAACCAGAGGCCAAACUUCAAACAGAAGUUACUCGAUUGUCCGAUGAAGAAUUGAAUGCCCUGCAGUCUUUUUGCACCACUAAGAUAAACUUGCUCCAUCAUAGAGUGGACUCGAAGAAGAAGAGCAACAGACACAAAAAGCUGCAGUUUAGAUUGGAUCCAGAGGCUUCAAAAGUAAAUGCCUUAAAGUGUACUGUCCCUGAUGAACUUUUGAACAGAAUCUAUUUUGAAAACGUGAGGACAACACUAAAACAGGUGGCAGCAACAAAGCAACACAUUUCUUCACGAUGUCCCAAUUGUAUUAGUAAAAAAGCAGAGCUGGCUCAGUCUGUAUUCCUAAAACAAAAGAAGACUUUACUGGAGUCACUUCUCCUCCAUGAGAAAAUAGAUGAACAUCUUCAUACCACAGACCUUCUCACCCAUGUUGUAGAAGCACAUCAGGGCCUUCCCAGGCUUUCAGAUGACCCUACACUAAUCUGGAAAAGACUGAAAGAGAAAACUCAGAUUGGAUACUCUGGUUUUGAAAAGUCAGAUAUCAAGCGGAAGAUGUAGCAAGAUGGAAAUAGGACUUCAUUCACCAUUUUUCCUCUACCACUUCUCAAGUCUCUUACCCAACCAAACAGGAGAUGGUGAUUAUUAAUGAUAAUAUGUAAUGUGCAUAGAUGUUUCUGUUGUGUUUUUGAGUAACUGACAUUUCUAUAGGCAAUUUUGGAAACUUAUGUAAGACUUUGUUAUGCUACCUUCCUAGAUUUGAGGACUAAGAACGUUUUUCAGGUUACAUAAGGUAAUGCUGUAGUUGGAAUAAUUACAAAAACUUUUUACAACAAUUCAGGAGAGAUAUUGGUAGUUUGGAUUAGGUUGUUGACAGUACAGGAAGAAAUUCAGAGAUGUAAGAAAUAGGAAGUAAUAAUUGUUUUGGUGGUUAAAUGGUUAUGGGGAUUAAAUAAAAGGUAAAUGUUAAAAAUCUU